GUCGCCUGGAACAAGCGCGACCUACUGCUCUACGCUGUAGGAAUUGGUGCGAAGAAGGACGACUUUCCGUUUCUCAUUCUAAGUGGUUGUGUAGACAAGUCAUGGGCUCCUUUCCCAACCUAUCCGGUCGUUCUCGGUUUGAAAGGGGAGGAUCAGGACGUCAAUCUGUUCUCUGAGCGGUCAAAGAUGGAGGGCACGCCAGGCCUGCCCGCGUUUAAUCCCAACCGUGUUGUCCAUGGAAGCCAAUUCAUUGAGAUUCUGAAGCCCCUGCCGCCGGUGAGCGGCGCAGGAUGGAAGUUGAAGCAGAGGAUAUGCGGCGUGCAUGAAAAUAGUAAGUGGCAGUCUGGUAUCAUCGUGGACGCGGAGAAUAUUCUGACUGAUUCGAACGGGACUGCAUAUGCCAAACUCUACGCCACGGGUCAGAAGUUUGACAAAGUGAUCGCGGGGCCUCCGCAAGCAAAACCGAUACCCAAGGACAGGAAGCCCGACUGGGUCGUCACGGACCAGACGACCCCCGAGCAAGCCAUCGUCUACCGCCUCAGCGGGGACUACAACCCCCUACACAUCGAUCCCAAGAUCGGGCAGGCAGGCGGCUUCGGCGGCUGCAUCCUUCACGGGCUCUCGACGUACGGCUUCGCCGCGCGCGCGCUCCUCUCCGCGAUCGGCGGGAACGACCCGCACGCGCUGAAGUUCUACGGCUGCCGGUUCACGUCGCCCGUGAAGCCCGGAGAUGCGCUCGAGACGAGCGCUUGGGAGGUCGGGCCCGGGCCCGAUGGGACAGUCGAGGUGAGCUUUGUGACGAAGAACUUGACCUCGGGGAAGGUUGCCCUGGGUGGUGGGAUUGCGUAUAUCAAGAAGGUUGAGAAAAGCAAGUUGUAA